AAAGACAAGGAUGUCACCAAAAACAAUAACUGAACUGUUUAAAAAUCUGAGUGAAAAACAAAAAGAGGAUGUUAGGGAAAUGGGGUUUGGUAGGUUGUUACAGUUGGAUAUCACGCAUCUUCCUCUGCAGUUAGGUUACUUUAGAUAAUUUUGAUACCAGAAGUGUUUCACUGAAGUUGCCAGGUAAAAAAGAGAUCCACAUUUAUGAGACUUCCAUUCAUAGCACCAUCAGAUUUCCAAUGGGAGGAGAAAGUGUGAUGAAAAAGAAUGGAGAGAAAUCUGAAGAAGCAAGAGAAGUGAUGAGAGCUUGGAAGUUACAAUUUCCAGUUCAGAAAGGGACAGUUAAAAUAGCAGAUGUGAGAAAAAGUGUUGAAGAGAAUAAGGGAGGAGGAGAAAUGUUCAAAAGGAAUUUAAUGGUAUUGAUUGUCAGUUUUUUAAUUGAAGGGAAGCAGAAUUGUUCAGCAGCACAUAAAAUUGUGAAUGCUUUAGUAAACGUUUCUGAAAUAAAAAACAUGAACUGGUGUUUAUAUACCUUGGAGAGCUUGAUAGAGGCAACAGAUUAUUGGAAAGCCAACAAAAGCAGAUUGUUUGGAGGGCCAUUGCUGUUUUUAGUUGAGAGUUCAAAGGCAGUUCCCCGCUUUCGUUGGGUGGAACGCAAGACUACUGUGGGAACGAGAAAGGACUGAACAAAAGAGCGGAGGAUUUGGUUACGGGUACAUCGAUGUGCCCAAUGUUGAAAAGAUUGAACUCACAAGUCCAAAUGUCAACAAAGAGAGUCAGACAAACCAAAGUGAUGGUGGAAAUCAAGAUGAUUUACAUGUUCAGAAAGAAAAAAUGGAUGUUAUAAAAGCAUUUGCUUCAGCCACAAAGAAUUUGGCAGAAGCAAUAUCUACAUUUGAUGAGAAGCUUCGAGCAGCUGUUCAAGUGUUAUGAUGAAGCAAUGAAAAUGCUGGUAGAGAGGGUUUAUAAUCUGCUAGAUGGUUAUUCAAAAGAGAAUGUGCAAAAAGAAGAGAAUGAAAGCACAAGAGAAGGAGAAAAGGAAUGGACUUUUAGUCAAGAUGAUGAAUAUUGGAGAAGUGAAGAAGUGAUGAAGGCUAUUGAUGCUAUAGAAAAAGCAGAAAAAAGGCGACAAGAGAGAGCACAGUAUGAUGGGGGAGUGGCAGCUGAUGUGGGAGGUGUGACAGAACAUGCAGGAAAAGAGAGUGAUUGGGUGGCAGCAGAUGUGGGAGGUGUGAUAGAAGAAAAUAUUGAGUUGGAAGCAAAUGUGGGAGAUGGGGGACAAGUGACAGAAGCUAUGGAAGUUGUGGGAGAUGUAGAACAUGCAACAGAACCUACACACACAGAGAAUGGAGAAUUGCAAGCAGAUGUCGGAGGAUGUGUUGGAUUACAAUGUUGGAAGUUCAGCAACAACACGAAACACAAACUUUGUGGAGAGUAUGGAGAAAAUGUCUCCAAUGUCAAUAAACAGGAGAAGUGCCUUUACUCAAGAGUGUUUGCUAUGAGAUUCAUGGAGACAUAUAAAGGGGAAGCAGAAUGGGAUUGUGGGCUUGAAACCAUAAAUGAAAAGCUGAUGCAAAAGUUGAGGAUAAGAUAUUUGAAUGAGAUGCUGACAUUUGAAAAGAAUGAGAUGAAGGAGGAUGUGGUGAAGAAAAUCAAAUCUAGACUAAUUGCUCAAAGGGAAAUCAAGAAAGCAGCUAAGGGGAAAUAGGAGGAAAAAGACUAAUGUUGAAAGCUGAUGCUGAAGCAUAUGAUGAAGACAACUUUUUUGUGUGUGGUUAUAGUAGUACUAUGGAUAACUGAAUUUAAUUUUGAUGAAAACUUAUGUGGUUAUAUUAGUGUUAUGGUUAUAUUGCUGUUAUGAAAACUGAUGUGGUUACAGAUGUUAUG